AAGUUACAAAAGACGAAGGGCGUAAAAAAGCCCUAAUGAGAUUUUUCAGUGUAGAUUCUGAUAUAAACGUGACCCCGAAUCUUCAAUCGUCUACAUUUAAUUUCUAUAGUAAGGAUUUCUUUCUGAAGAUUGCUCAAUUGCUAAUUGCCAUUAUUUGUGUGGGAUUGUACACUCAAGGAAUAACAGUCUCGCCGGAGACUGUGGUGUAUGCCUGUUUCCCGAAUGUUGUUUUCGGUAGUUACAUAAUUAUCACUGCUGUUAUUGUAAUAAGCUAUGUUUUCGAACAAGCGAUGCCUAAUGUUAUUGUCAGAGUUUUCCUAUCAGUCGGGAUGAUUUUGUAUUUUAUUUCUGCCACUGUAACGACAACGAUUUGGUUUAGCACAGCGUUUAGCAACUCGGGGUUGGGACUACCCAAAACCCUUCUUUUGCUCCAAGCUUUACUUAGUUAUGUAAACUCGUUUUUGUAUGCCCUAGACCUGGUUUAUAAUAUUCAAAAAGCGGUGGAAUUCCAAGUAGAAGGGUCUUAACUCAAAGUAAUUAAUCAAAAAAUCAAUGGGUCAGACACUAGUCUAAUAACAAAAAUUAUGUAACAGAUAUUUUAUAUAAUAAUAUGUGUCGUUAAAAUAAUAGUCAGUUAAUCAAAAAUUACAAAUUUUGUUAUUGCUAAUCUUAUUUAAGUUUAUAUGGUUAAUACCCCUUGAGGUAGGUAACCAACAAUACACCAAAUAUUUAUUGAAUUAUUCUUUCUAAUUAAAUAUAAUUUAACUUUUGUUCAGAUCCAAUU